GUAAUGUAGUUCUACAGAACUGUGGAAAAUGGUGGACGUUCAGCCUCCGCCUCUGCGAACCCUGGAUGAUUUUUUGUUGAGCUCGGCUCGAUUCUCCGCGCCUGAUAUUCGUAAUUUAGAAAGAUGUAACAACCGGAUAAUUAAUAAUUUACUGUAUUACCAGACCAACUACUUCAUCUCCGCGCUGGCGGUGCUGCUGCUGGUCGGGUAUUUCCGGCCAUUCCAGCUCUUCCUCGGGGCGAUCGUGGUGGUUCUGGUGUUUUCGGGCUUCGUUUGGGCCGCAGAGAACAAGGCCGCAGUCAGGCGCUUUCGGAGGAACCACCCCUCUGUUUGCCUAGUGGCUAUCUUGGGCUCCAGCUAUCUUCUGCUGUCGGUCCUGGGAGAUGUGGCCGUGUUCCUCUUUGGCAUCACCUUCCCCAUUUUAUUGAUUCUGAUCCAUGCCUCUACAAGGUUACGCAACUUAAAGAACAAACUGGAGAACAGGCUGGAGAGCAUAGGGCUGAAGAGGACACCCAUGGGAAUGCUACUGGAGGCACUGGGUCAGGAACAGGAAGCAGGGUCAUAGUCUGAGUACCUGUCCCAAACCGGUCUUCUCCUAGGGUCAGUUACGAUCAACACAAUUAGCGGUAUGUUUUACUACAGUGCCAAUAAUCCCUCUCAUGUUCAGGGAGAGUCUAGGGGAGAACAUUGUUUGGGUGGAAUAUGUUUUGAAGGAAGGAUUGAACACACUUAUAUUAUUACCAAUUAUAAUUCUAAAGCACAUCCAUCCAAUGUGUUUUGUGAAGGACGGGAUGUGCAGGCAAAUCACAUGUUAUCAAUUUAACACCGACAGUGUAUUCUCAAACUGUGUUGUUUUUACUGUAGGUGUUAAUUGAACUCAUGUGAUUUUACUGCAAUCAACCAAGAUAGGAGAAGCAUUAACUGUUUUGCAUUCCAUGUUUAUGUGCUUGUAUCUUGUUUGAUUCUGUACUUUUAUAAUGAUUGUUUUGUUGUUGUUCCUGUUUCACACAAACAGUUUAUGCCUAUACUAGCCCACAAUGCCUCCACAAUACAUUCUCUAGUUUAAUGUGAUUUUAUUCAUUAUUUGCACUUAAUUGUGCAUCCAUUAUUGUGACAUAAUGCAAAUCCUAUAUUAUAAAGCAGCGUUCAAAAGUUUGGAAUCAGUAAUUCCAGAAGGAAAAUCCACCUGCUUGCAAAUUAAUAUAUAAAGCCAUGUAAUAUUAUACUGUUUAUUUUUAUUUUCUGAGUUUCAAAUAGGAAUUUUCGACUGGAACAGCCCCACAAGUUUGAAUUUGUAUAUUUGGAAAGCCAGGAGAAACUCGCUAACCCUGAGUUUAAAAUCCAAGAUGGGUGCAUCGCAGAUCAACAGUAGUAAAAGCAGUAUUUGCAGUAGUUUUUUCAGUUUAUUAACACUUCUAUCUGUAUCUGUUUAAUGUUACAGUCAUACAUACAGUACAGCCAUGUCCAACUUCUGCACCACUUCAAAAUAAAGCUCCUUUAUGAAGAGUUUAGAAAUAGUCUAUGAGGGAGUUAAUUAAUGGUUAACAAUUAGGAUGUAAAUACUUUCUAAACCAUAAAUAAAUAGUAACAACGCAUAAAACGUGCAUUAUUGAUUUAUUUUUCCAUCAGCCAGCAUUAACAUAGCAUUAACAUAAUAAAAUAUUAAAUAAAGGCAAUUUAGUUAUGUUAUUUUAUGCUAAUGUACACCACAUUAUGAUUACUGGAUAAAUGAUUAAUCUGGGUAGUUAAAGAUAAGAUGGAACAGACAAAGGAAGGUUUAACAGUAUAAAUGAAUGUGAAAUCACAAUUUGGCAAAAAUACAGGCCACUGUUGUAUUUCUAUGUAUGUGAUGUAAUUGCUUGUUAAUGGUUUAAAAAUAUUUACAACCUAAUUAAUGACAUAACAUAAACUCCUUUAUAAACGAUUUUUAAACACUUUAUAAAGGAGCCUUAUUUUAAAGUGGUCCAACUUCUAUAAGUGGGCAAGUUUCUAUGGUGUUUAAGAUGCACAAAAUACUGCAUAAUGAGUCAUUAUUAACUAGAACAUCUAACAUACAUUUAUUGUUUUUAAUUUUCUUUUUUUAUUAUUUUCUACAUUGUAGAUUAAUAUUGAAGGCAUCAAAAAUAUGAAGGAAUGCAGAUGCAAUUAUGAAUUAAACAAAAAGUGUUAAACAAGCCAAAAUAUGUUUUAUACUUUAGUAGAACCUUUUGCUUUGCUGCCGACUUUGCCCACUCUUGGGAUUAUUCUCUCAGAUUUUACUUCAGGAGGUAGAACCUGGAAGGAAGUUCUAGGUGUGCUGAGCUCCUAUUCACUGCUUUUCGUUUCUUUUUGACAGGAAAUUAGCAAACCGUGUCAUUUAAACAGGAGUGUCCCAUUUUUAAUAUACACUGUCUGGCCCAAAAAAAAAAAAUCUCCACCUGGAUUUAAGUAAGUAAAUGAUGUGGUGUUGCUGCAGUUGGUCAGGUCUAGGUUCAGCAACAGUAUGUGCUGAAAGAAUGAGGUCAGCUGACUACCUGAAUAUACUGAAUAUAGACCAGGUUAUUCCAUCAAUGGAUUUUUUCUUCCCUGAUGGCACGGCCAUAUUCCAAGAUGAUCUGAGGCUGGAAUUGUGAAAGAGUGAUUCAGGGAGCAUGAGAUCAUCAUUUUCACACAUGGAUUGUUCACCACAGAGUCCAGACCUUAACCUCAUUGAGAAUCUUUGGGAUGUGCUGGAGAAGGCUUUGUGCAGUGGUCAGACUCUACCAUCAUCAAUGCUGCUGCAAGAUCUUGAAGAAAAAUUAAUGCAACACUGAAUUAAAAUAAUCUUGUGAUAUUGCAGAAGCUUAUUGAAACAAUGCUUAAAUGAUGAAAUCAAAGCUAUAAAGGCGAUCCAACAAAAUAUUAAUGUACAAACUUUUUUUUUUGGCCAGGCAGUGUAUGAUUGUGAAAUAACACAGAAGGGCACAAAAACUGUGUUUUUUUUUAUUUUAUUUCUUUAUUUUUCUUGUUGUUUUUUGCAACAGUCAUCCAUAAACUGAUCUCUAAUCAGGACAAAUAAUGCAUUUGCUUGUUUUAAGAUUCCUCUUUAAUUUUGCACUACAAAUGAUCACAUAUUUCAGAUUUAACGGAGGUUUUUUAUUUUACUGGGUUCUUUUCUAUUCUAUUCUUUUUUUUUAAUGAAGAAUGUUGUUUUGUUCUGAAAAAAUCAUUUGCACAACAUUUUUUACUUUGAUUUUUCUGAAGGCCAAUGUAGUACUCAAAUGCCUGACUGAAUCUCUGCCAUACAUCAGUAAUCUGCAGAACUACAGAUCUGUUUAGAACAGCAGGGCUGAUGCUGACGCUAAAAAUCAGUGUCUGAACCUGUGUAAACAUGUAUUGUACACUACACUAGGGGCAGAAGUAAGAACAUAUAAUGACCGUCGACCAACAGUACAAAAACUGUAUUUAAUUUUGUGCCUAACUGUUUUCUGUUUUGCCAAGUCUGCCUUCUGUAAGACUGCCUAAAGGAAGCACUGUUCACUUCUUCUUUUUGUGUGUGUUUUGUCAUGCAGUAUGUAUUUAAUGUUUACAGUACACACCACUCUGCCAUCGUCUUGUUGAAUCUAUUGCAGUAAUUUUAAAUAUACUGGAUUUUCUGGC